UUCAAAAUUCAACAGUCAACAACGACAACGUACGUUUUUGUGAUCGGCUUUUGUUUAUUUGAAAAGUUUUGUUUUAUGAGAUUUUGAUUAGAAUAACUGAACUUGUUAACUUUUCUAACAAGAUAAUAACAAGUUUUAAUAUUGCUAUCAAUUUCUUUGUCCAAAUAUUUAUUCAAAGAUGUCUCAACAGCAAACUAAGAACUGUAUAACUCUGCGAGGAUCGGCUCAAAUUAUUUGUGAAUAUCUCAAAUUCGCUAUCAAUUCGGUGCUGUUCCAAAGAGGUUUAUAUCCACCUCAAACUUUUAAGGCAGAGCAACAGUAUGGCAUCACGCUGUUAAUAUCAGAAGACGCUCAAAUCAAAAGCUUUUUAACUAAUUUAUUGACUCAAAGUGAAGAAUGGAUAUUGAAUAAGAAAGUUAGCAAGUUAUCGCUUAUCAUCAUCAACGUAGCAAAUAAGGAAGUCCUUGAAUGUUGGGACUUCAAUGUGCAAUAUGAAGAGGGAGACGCAGCGUUAUCUAAAGAAAAGAAUGAAACCGUAGGAAGCAAAGACUUGAAGAAAAUCCAGCACGAGAUCCGCGACGUAAUGUUGCAGGUAGCAGCUACGAUAUCUUACUUACCAUUCUUAGACUGUAGGUGUUCGUUUGAUGUAUUAGUUCAUGCUAAGACGGAUUGCGAUAUUCCCGAUAAGUGGGCAGAAGCGAAACCUGUAGAAAUAGCCAACGCGCAAAAUGUUCAACUUAAAACCUUCUCCACUAGUCUACAUAAAAUGGAAACUGUUGUUAGUUAUAAACUUGUAGAUUAGCAUAAUUUUGAGUUAUAAAGUAGUAAUCUAUUUCGUUUAUACAAGAAUACAGUGCUGCAUGAUUCUAUUUUUCUGGCAACAGUAUUAACUAUUUGAAUGUUAUUCUAACCAAAGCUGUUUUUAAUACACUUUUUAUGGUGUCUUUUUACGUCAAUUUGUUUUUCUAAUCAUUUUAUCUAUCAUGUGUAUGACUGUGAUCAAAAUUGGCUUCAUAAAGCUAAUUCUCUCAAAUUUUGCUUAAAAUAAAAUAAUAGUAUUUGAACUGGUAACAUACUAAUGUGCAGCUUAAAUUCAAAGAUACUCAAGAAUAUCAAUUUAGUUUGAGUUCUGAACAUCAUUAUUAUGCAUUGUCUGUCACUUCAAAAACGGUUUAAUUACACAUUCAUACAAUUUAUACAUACUACGUAUGUGUUUGAUUUAUCAUUACAUGCUUAAAUGGCUUUUUAUAAUGAGUUUUGUAGUAUAUUUUUAUCAUAACUAUCGUGAGACAUACUAAAUUAAUUAAAAUUGCGGGUUACUCACGUGAGC